AUGGACGAGGAACAAAGAGAUCAGCUCCCUCCCGGGCUCGAUCCUGCCCACCUCGACAAUGCGGUGAGGGCAAUCCAAACGAAGAAGCCGAUUCCUACCAUCGACUUCACUCUGCACACCAUGGAGGAUGGCCAACAGGUCAGCACAUUGGAGAGAGUCUGCAAAGACGUCCAAGCUCCUGCAAUGCACCCUCCCACCAACGAGCAGUUCUUUUCCCCACAAGAUCCAACAAAGCCCAACUUAGCGUUUCUCAAGCAACAUUUUUACCGCGAAGGGCGUCUGACUGAGGAGCAAGCGCUGUAUAUUCUCGAAGAGGGUGGUAAGGUUUUGAAGCAGGAGCCCAACCUUUUGGAGAUGGAUGCACCGAUUACUGUCUGCGGAGAUGUUCAUGGUCAAUACUACGACUUGAUGAAGCUCUUUGAAGUUGGUGGAGACCCAGCAGAGACAAGAUACCUCUUCCUCGGAGACUAUGUCGAUCGAGGAUACUUCAGUAUCGAAUGUGUGCUCUAUCUCUGGUCCUUGAAGAUCUGGUAUCCAAACACCCUGUGGCUCCUGCGCGGAAACCACGAGUGCAGGCAUUUGACUGACUACUUUACCUUCAAGCUUGAGUGCAAGCACAAGUACUCUGAGAAGAUCUACGAGGCUUGCAUGGACUCUUUCUGUGCUCUACCACUUGCUGCUGUCAUGAACAAGCAGUUCUUGUGCAUUCACGGCGGAUUGAGCCCGGAAUUGCACACGCUGGAUGACCUCAAGUCGAUUGACCGUUUCCGCGAGCCUCCUACACAUGGAUUGAUGUGCGAUAUCCUUUGGGCAGAUCCACUCGAGGAAUUUGGCCAGGAGAAGACGUCCGAAUACUUCAUACACAAUCACGUGCGAGGUUGCUCAUACUUCUUCUCCUACCCUGCUGCAUGCAAUUUCCUUGAGAAGAACAAUUUGCUUUCGGUUAUCCGGGCUCACGAAGCUCAAGAUGCUGGAUAUCGUAUGUACAGAAAGACAAGAACUACUGGAUUCCCCAGUGUGAUGACCAUCUUCUCCGCACCGAACUACCUGGACGUCUACAACAAUAAGGCUGCCGUUCUGAAGUACGAAAACAAUGUCAUGAACAUCAGACAGUUCAACUGCACUCCUCACCCGUACUGGCUACCAAACUUCAUGGAUGUGUUCACAUGGUCGCUACCUUUCGUAGGAGAGAAGAUCACCGACAUGCUGAUUGCAAUUCUAAGCACUUGCUCGGAGGACGAGCUCAAAGAAGACGCUACACCUUCCACUGUAUCUCCAGGACCAGUGUCUCCACCGAUCAAUGCCAAUUUGGACCCAGACUCGAUCGAAUACAAGAGACGAGCUAUCAAGAACAAGAUUCUUGCUAUUGGACGUCUGUCCCGAGUCUUCCAGGUCUUGAGAGAGGAGUCAGAGAGAGUCACAGAGCUGAAGACAGCAUCUGGAGGCAGGCUUCCAGCUGGAACAUUGAUGCUUGGUGCUGAGGGUAUCAAGAAUGCCAUCAGCAGUUUCGAGGACGCGCGCAAGGUUGAUCUGCAGAACGAGAGGCUGCCACCCAGCCACGAGGAGGUCGCGAGACAGAGUGAGGAAGGGCGGGCGCAGGCUUUGGAGCGCGCCAAGGAUGCGGCGGAUAAUGACAAGGGACUGCAGGCACUGUCUAGACGUCUCAGCACUGACCGAAAACGAUCGUCGUAG